CUUUAAUCCAGCGUCCUGGGCGGUAGGUCGCGCGCCUCCUCCCCGAGCCCUGUUUGCCGCCCGCUUUUUCUACCGAAGUAGGGGGAAGCAGCCCGAUGGGCGAGUGAAGCAGCUACUGCUUAGCGAAGUCUGCGAGGCGGUCUCGGGGCGGGCACUUUCCAUCCUACAAACCCUGCCCUGCGAUUCAUUCUAUUUCCGCCAACUGCGUUGCGGCCUCUCUUUGUGCUGCUUCUAGGCAUAGUCCUCCCGUCCUUGCUGGUCACUGGGGAUUGCUCCCGUAGCAGGAUCAACGUCCGGGGGCAUCAAUUAUUGGGGACAUGCCGUAAUUGGUAACUAAAUAAGAGGCGUUUUCCAGCGAUUGUAGAAAUCCGGAACUCUAACCAGGUUCGUCUCUCCUGGAAAGUGAGCGAUCCUUUCCAGUUCAAAGCCAAGCAAAGGAACGAGGAUCCUUUGUCUCUUUGAUCUUUACUUCUCCUUUCUCGCGCUCACCGGAUCACUUGGGGUCUUUUGCCAUCACCACAUCUCUUCCCUAUCCCGUCCUUGAGCCAUCUCUUCCUUUUUUGCACCUUUUGAAGGCGGAAUGCUGGAGGGAAUGGCGCUCCUACUAACAGCUUCCAAGUGUCUCUGAGAAAACCAGGCAGAAAGAAGGAAUCUCGACUGAGAAAAAAAGGAGAAAUGAGCCCUUUUCAGCAGGGAAUAUUAGUGUUGCUUUUCCUAUUCCUGGAGGAUUCAGAAGCCAAAAAGCAAUGCUGGUAUUUUGAAGGGGUGUUUCCUACACAUUAUAUAUGUCGAUCCUAUGAAGAUUGUUGUGGUUCAAGAUGCUGCGUGAGAAGUUUGUCGAUCCAGCGACUAUGGUAUUUUUGGUUCCUUCUGAUGAUGGGAGUUUUAUUUUGCUGUGGGGCUGGUUUCUUUAUCCGAAGACGGAUGUAUCCUCCACCACUGGUUGAUGAAACAACUUACAAUGUGUCAUUCACUCGACCGCCUAACUCCAGUACACCAGGAGCCCAGCAGCCAGGAAUGGCCUAUUAUGCAGAUUCAGAAGAAAUUAUGAUGAAUCCUAUGGCCAUGAGUUACCAUGUCCAACCUAAGUCUCCACAAAUGAACCAAGUUUAUCCCCCUCCACCUUCUUACUGCAACACCCCACCCCCAUCAUAUGAGCAGGCUGUGAAAUCUUCCACAUAAUCUCUUUAUUGAAACCAGCAGGACCUUGGUCAAAAAGAAGAUCAAUUGUGAGCUAACUAAAGAUUUCUCAGAACUCUACUAUCCUUUGCUAUUGUUCCAACUAUAGAAUAAUUUGGACAAUAAUGAUGGACUUGCAGCACAGGACAAAUUAAGUUUUGACGUAUUCAAAAUAAGAGAUUUUUGUAUGCUUCCCUUCCCAAACCUAUAUUUAAAUUCCCUUUGCUGACCUUUUUAAUUUAUUCUCUUUGUGAUUUUGAUGCAUAUCGUAACACAUGUUUGAGGGAAAGUAUGGUAGCAAGCACAAAAUAAUUUAAACCUCUAGGAAGAUAUUCUAUCAUUUUAUAGAUGAAAAAAGAAAAAAAAACGAUGGACUGAAAACAGUUGAAUUAAUUGAAGCAAAUGAACUUAUUAAUAAAGCUUAGACAAAUAGUUGAUAAAGGAAACUUUGGAGGAACUGUAGUACAAUAUGUGGAAAACCUUUCAUGUCAGAAUAAAAUCCCUUUGUUUCACUAGCACCAACAUUGGAGGGAAGAAGAUUACAAAAUCUCUUGUGUUAACAGUUUGUGGAAGAUGGGCUGCCAAAAAUAAGAACAUGCAUUUUUCCUUUUGGGAGUGCAAAUCAGCAAAUUGCUGAUUUGGAAUGGAAAGGAAAACGCUAUUGAGGGUCAACAAUAAUUUGCCAAAAAUAAAGUAAUAAAAAGAAAUAUGUCUAGAAAAUACUGCUUAUGUAAA